UGCUUCGACCACACCAUAAAGCCUUCGUGCAUCGCUAAUUCACUGGUCAUCAAACAUCACCAUCCAUUGAAGAUGUCUGCCGCAUCCGAGAGAGCAGGAGCUUUAAUCAGUGAGCUCAGGAAUAUCGUGAGUAGCGGAGCUCUUUCUGAAAAAGAAAGGGUUGAGCUCCUCCAAUCCGUCGUCAAGUUCACAACUUUGCUUGAGAAACCUGAAGAUGCUAUCACCAAGCUUUUGUAUACACCGUCGCGGUUUGUAGCUCUACGAGUGUGUUCAGAGCUCAAGCUGUUCAAUCAGAUAGUGGAACAUGGGCCAAUCACAUCAAAGGAGCUGGCGCACGCAACAGGGGUAGAUCAAUUGUUGAUUGAACGACUCUUGCGGGUGUUGACAGCCAGUGAUUUCGUGACCGAAACGGCAGUCGCGACCUAUGCACCCAGCGGAGUAACAGAGGCUCUCGCCACAAGACUCAUGACUGGCAUGGUAGAAGCAGUUUAUGAUGUUGGGCUUCCAGGAAUGACUGCCAUCCCGGAGUACCUGCGUAACACCAGCUACAAAAACCCCCAUGAUGCUGCUAAUGGCCCAUGGCAACUCGGAAGAGGUAUAAAGGACCAGCAAAUAUUCUCUUGGCUCCAACAACACCCAAGAGAGCUGGGACUUAUGCAAACGUACUUUGAGGCGGACCGUGGGAGUCGGCCGAAUUGGGUAGAUUGGUUCCCAGUGGAAGAAAAAUUGAUCCAGAACAGUGGAUUGGAUAAGGACCAAGUUCUCCUUGUCGAUGUUGCUGGUGGUCGUGGGCAUGAGCUUAGCGCGUUUCUCGACAAGUUUCCCAACCUACCUGGGAGACUUAUACUCCAGGAUCAACCUCACGUGCUGGAUGAUCCUACAUUGGGCUUGGAUCCCAGGAUAGAGAAAAAGACGAUCGAUUUUUGGGUUGAAGGUCCCGUUCAAGGUGCACGAAUUUACUACAUGAAGUUCAUCUUGCAUGAUUGGUCUGAUGAACAAUGCUUGCAGAUUCUCAGCCAUCUCACUGCUGCAAUGGACAAGAGCACUUCACUUCUCGUCGUUGAGGACUUUAUCAUUCCAGAUACAGGCUGUCAUUUGCUACCCGCGAUGUGGGAUAUAGAGAUGAUGGCCUUCCUGUCCGCAAUGGAGCGAACAAGGAGCCAGUGGCAGAAGCUGCUGAGUGCUGCGGGGCUAGAUGUUCUGGGAAUGUAUGAUCCUCCUGGAGAUGGCACAGGAAUCAUUGUAUCGCGCUUGAGUUCCUAG